CAUGUUGUUGAGCAAAAUAUUAAAUUUACAAUUUUAUUUCCAGCCAGGGUCGUUCGCGACCGGAUUUCUUCCCCAUAGUGAAUUAUUUAAAAAUUGAAUUAACGUCAGCUCCCCAUGCCGCCCUUAGACUCGUCUGCCAGCAGGUGCUACUGCGUGGAAAUGCCAAACGCGCACGACGAGAACCCUGCAAACCGGCUAGACGUGCGGUCAGGGGCGUCGACAGACAUCUAUCGCUCCAGAAUCCUAGUCUACAGCGGGUCGUUGCUGCCCUUGACAUUGAAGGCAGGCUUUUCGCUGCAGGACGUGGAGUUGGAGUUCGAGGCGGCUGUGGCGCGCGAAACAGACGCGCACAGCGACUACAACGAGUAUCUCUCGCCCGAAGUUUUCUCGCUCAAUCUGCUAAACCGCAAGUGGAUCCAUUUGCAUGCCAAAAAUAAACUGGAAAAACCCAGACCCAGGAUGUUCCAUUCUAUGAUCGUGCACGACAACUACCUUUACGUAUACGGCGGACUGUGUUUUGACCAGCACAACAAGCUCAAGACGCUCAAUGACGUGUGGCGAUUUGACCGGUUCGACAAAUCGUGGAAAUGUCUUCUUCCCGACGGCAACACCGUGGUCCUAAAGCGGUUUGACCACAUGUCGAUGUUCCUCCCCGAACUGCACAUUGUGGGGAAGCCGACACACCACGGGAUAAGCUUUUUUGGCGGAUUAUCCGACGAGAAACAGGAGCUUCUCGUGUCGCACAUAUACGAUCUCGUUUCCGAGCAGUGGUUUCCGAAUCUGGUGUACAGGGUGCAGGAGGAUGAGGGCCGUGGCAAAAUCAAGUAUAACGCGCUGGACGGGCUGGAGGUGGAGGUGCCUGGCCUACGGGCCCUUGGGUUGCGAAGCUCUUUGAACUCUGCGAUUCCGCUUCAGGCACUCAAUUCGACGCAGCAGGUGCCGCCAAUAUAUCUGUACCACAAACAGCAGGACCAGAAACAUGAGCCGUUCAUCACGUUUCCUAUCGACGAAUGCGUGGCGGGGACGGUGAUGUCGCUGACGUCGACGAACUCUACCAAAGUGGUGCCAUUCGAGCUGGACUACCCGACGCUGGGCUAUUUUGGGGAAAACCUCAUUGUCACAGGCUUCCAGCCCGGCGAGUACUCGAUUUCUUUGUACAUAUUCAACAGGAUUACCCGCACCUGGACGCGGUUGCAAAUAUCGUGCACCCAUUCUGCGCGCUCGCACCGCUUUUUCAAAGGAUUUGUGUGGAAUUCGCACCACAAGGUUGUCUUUCUCGGAAACACCAAAGCCACAAUGACGCUGCCCAGCGUGCAGUAUUUUUCUCAUUUUAGUGCCGUGUCGCUGCCGUUCACCAACACUUACGGCAUAGAGAUGGAAAAGGCCUUCAGCAACGCGCCAGAGACCGCUCCGCAGCACGUGCCGUCUUCGAUACCGCUUGACAAGUCCGAAAACACAAGCUUUGCUGCCUACUCGCACUAUGUGGCGCCGCAGAUCAUGACCAACUCGAUCCGGUCCGUCUUUCCUCCGUACGCCGUGGCCCUGGGCAAGCACGCGUUUGAACGGUCCACGUCGAUUUCCGACUUUGAGUUCAUCUGCUCUGACGGCACGUCGAUCCCGGUGCCGCUCAACCUGUGCCGCAAACGGUGGGGAUGCCGUUUCGACAAGCUGCUUGCCGACGCGUACGCCAGGGCUUUUGCGGACCGCCACGCGUUGCCCGAACUUUCAGAGCCGAGCUCGCUCGCCAGCUCGCCGGCAGAUACAGACUUGUCCGGAUCGUUGAGGCUGUCCAAAACGCCCGAAUCGCGUACCCCGUUGUUCAGACAUCCGUUCCAGGAGUCUGGAAAAUCGUCUCCAUUGUCUGGCACGCCUCGAUUUGGCUCUCUGCCGGCUUCCCGACGCAGUUCGCUGGCUGCCUCCAGAAGAGACUCUGGCGCCUCGCGACGGAACUCUCUGCUUGGGCAUGAAAAGCUAUCGAUGUCUAUGAAAAGCUCGAACCUGCGCCGGAGCUCUGGGAUCUCGAGCUCGUCGUCGUCGUCAGCAUUCUCCAAUCCCAACAGAGACGUUUCCGAGACGUCCGAUCACCUGCUGGGCUCGCCGCUAAUACUUGACGAGCUGCCACCGCAGCCACCAAUGCCAGAGCUGCCGCAGGACCUGAACGACUCCACGACGUCUUUUGAUUUCCGUGCCCCCUCGUUUGGCCCCAAAGACGCCUCGUCAAGCGGCCUCACACAGGCUCUGUCUGCCCUGGAGGACGUGGACCCGCUUUCAAACACCCGUCUGUCGGAACGGCCAAGAAAGGAGAGCGUCGAUUUCCCAGACGCGGCAGAUGCCAAGAUGGACGCGCGUUUCUUGCCCCGGACGCUGUGUCUGCCGUUUUCCAAGCCGACAGUGCGCGCAUUCUCCGAGUUUCUGUACACGGGACAGCUGGGCAGCAACUGGAAAGUGGUGCCAACGUGCGUGGAACUGCUGAUGAUUGCCAAUUUGUACGAGGUGCCGCUGUUGUACGACCUGAUCUCAGAAGCACUGUUCGUAGUUAUUGCGCGCAAAGAGGCCGCGUUGGUGGUGCAGGCCAAGAACUGCCACCCUGUCGUGGACGAGAGCACGGGGAUCGCUGCGAUCGACAAGUUCACCGAGCAGUUGGCCGCGCUAGACGACAAUUUGAUGGACCUGACGCUACUGAAACGCGCAUCCAAAGCUAUCGGCCGAUACUCCAACUCUGGCAGUCUAGCGAGCUCCGAAAUUCACUUCCGGGACUCGUUCCACACAGCCAGCAAAGUGCAGUCGCACGAAAUGGCACCCGAGGACAGCCAGAGCAGCAGCGAAUCGGUCAGAGAAACGUUCGGGCUGCUCAACGAGCAGCACUACAAAGACUUCCAAUCAGACAUGGAAGGACAGCCUACAGAGACCAAAGAGUGGCCGACGCUGAAAGGCCUCAUGAACCCAGACGCGCCCGCAUGCUCUGAUCAGAUCAUCGACAUCCUCGUGGAGUCCGGCACGCUGGCGAGCGAUAUCAAAUUGAUGCUGCGGGCCAUCAACACGCGAGAAAUGAUCGCCCAACUGAAGGAACACAAACGCGACUCGCACGAUCUCAAGGACCUAUCGGAGAGUCUCAAAGCUGUGUCCACACAGGCGCCAAAACCGCACGCCGGGUCCACGAGCUCGCUGCCGGAGACCUCAGUGUACAAGUCGCAGAGUGAGAGCGAGCUGGCGUUGGCGGGAGCGGGCGGCACCGCGGAGCGCCCAAGAAUCCCGCACGUGCUGACAUUCACGAACCUGGAGCGCGCAAUGACCAGCACGUCCGACGAGACGCCCUCGCCGCGCAGAAAACGCGGGUUUGGGCUGUUCAAGAAGAGCACUGCGAAAUAUUAAUUAGCUAAAUAAAAUACGGUCUGAGGCGUGGUCUGAGGCGUAGCUCGGACAGAAGUUUGCGAUGUGAGGUGAUCAGGAAGACAUCGACCCAUUAUAUUAUAUAAGGGCGAAACCGCUAAAGAUAACUGUAUGUCGCUUGUUUCGUCGUUCAAUUUCAGCUCGUUUGUGACCACCAGGACGCAGGACUAUGUUGCGCUGAUCCAAUUCUACAAGUCGUUCGGGCUGUCUGUUGUGAAGACGUUCUCCAAGGACGCCAACACCGCAGGCACCGAACUGAUUGGGGUUUCCAACGACUCCCGCAAGGAGUGCUGGUUCAGCUGCUUUCCUCCGGCCGAUACGGCGGGUCACAGUGCGGGCGGGGCAUAUGGAAAAGGGACAAUUAUCAAGCUGAGAUUAGUGAGCCAUGACGUGCACAAGAAUAUUGAGCUUCCGGGAGAGCUCGUUUUUUACAGCGAGGAUCCGUCCAAAGUGAGGGCCGUGUGCGAGGCCAACGGCUUCCGGGUCGAGCCGGGCAAGGGCCGUGUGGAGUUCUACGUUGUGGACCCGAUUGGCAACCGAUUGGGUUUCAGCAGGCAGCCAAAUGAAGGGAAGAAAGAUGGUGCUGCAGAAGUGGCCGCGCAAAAGCAGCAGCCAGAAACCGGCGUGGACAGCGUGCUGGCGGCCAAGAAACGGAUCGCCGUGAUGACCUCUGGUGGCGAUGCGCCGGGCAUGUGUGCUGUUGUGCGUGCUGUUGUGCGGGCCGGUAUCUACUACGACUGCGAGGUGUACGGGUGUUACGAGGGUUACUCCGGGCUCGUGCAAGGCGGCGAUUUGCUGCGCAAGAUGGAGUGGGAUGACGUUCGCGGGUGGCUGUCGUUGGGAGGCACACUGAUCGGGACCGCGCGCUGCAUGGAGUUCAAGGAGAGAUGGGGCCGUUUGAAAGCGGCCAAAAACAUGAUUGUGCGCGGCAUCGACGCUUUGGUGGUGUGUGGCGGAGACGGCUCCUUGACGGGCGCAGACCUAUUCAGAAGCGAGUGGCCGUCGCUGGUGGACGAGCUCGUUGCCACUGGCGAGCUGAGCGCAGAGCAGACGGCGAAAUACCGCCAUCUGACGAUCGUCGGGCUUGUUGGCUCGAUCGACAACGACAUGGCGUCGACGGACAACACGAUCGGCGCAUACUCGUCGCUGGAGCGGAUCUGCGAGAUGGUGGACUACAUCGACUCGACCGCGUCGUCGCACUCGCGUGCGUUCGUCGUGGAAGUGAUGGGUCGGCACUGCGGCUGGCUGGGGCUGAUGGCGGGCAUUUCGUGCGGUGCCGACGCGAUAUUCAUCCCGGAACGGCCGCCGAGCGCGUCGGGCUGGCGCGAGGACCUCAAGAAGGUGUGUUUGCGGCACAGAGAAAAGGGCCGGCGCAAGACGACCGUGAUCGUGGCCGAGGGGGCUCUGGACGACGAGCUGCAGCCCAUCACGUCGCAGCAGGUCAAGGACUGUCUGGUUGAGAUCGGUCUGGACACGAGGAUCACCACGCUGGGCCAUGUCCAACGCGGAGGCUCUGCAGUGGCCUUUGACCGGAUGCUGGCCACGCUGCAGGGCGUGGACGCGGUGCGGGCGGUGCUGGAAAGCACUCCGGACACGCCGUCUCCAAUGAUUGGCAUUCUGGACGGCAAGAUUGUGCGGCAGCCGCUGAUGGAGGCGGUGAAGCUAACGAAAAGCGUGGCAACGGCGAUCGCGGCGAAAAAAUUCGACGAGGCCAUGGGACUGCGCGACUCGACCUUCAAAGAGAGCUACGCCAACUUCCUGGACAUUUCGAAACACGACGACGGGUCGCAGGUGGUGGAGGAGUCGAAGCGGCUGAACAUCGCCAUAGUGCACGUCGGGGCUCCGACGGCCACGCUGAACCCUGCAACGCGUGCAGCCGCGCUUUAUUGUCUGUCGAAGGGCCACACGCCUUAUGGAAUCCAGAACGGGUGGUCCGGGCUGGUUCGCCACGGGGCGGUGAGAAAACUGGACUGGCUGGACGUGGAGGAGUGGCACAACCUGGGCGGAUCCGAGAUCGGCACGAACAGAACGCUGCCGUCGACAGAUAUGGGCACGGUGGCUUACUACAUGCAAAAAUACGAAAUACACGGGUUGAUCAUCAUCGGCGGAUUUGAGGCAUUUCGCUCGCUGCACGAGCUCAAAGUUGCCAAGGAAAAUUAUCCCAUCUUUAACAUGCCGAUGGUCUGCCUUCCUGCAACUGUCUCGAACAAUGUGCCCGGUACCGAAUAUUCGUUAGGCUCUGAUACAUGCUUGAACACGCUUGUGAAAUAUUGCGAUGCUGUGAAGCAGAGUGCGUCCGCGUCGCGAAGAAGAGUAUUUGUUGUCGAAGUGCAAGGCGGAAAUUCAGGAUACGUUGCGUCGUACACGGGGCUUGUUACAGGUGCAUUAGCGGUGUACACGCCAGAAGAGAAAAUCAGCCUGCGCACGUUGCAGGAGGAUCUGGAGCUGCUGUCUGAGAAUUUCAAGAAGGACGAGGGCGACAACCGGUCGGGCAAGAUGUUCAUCCGCAACGAGAACGCGUCCGACACAUACAGCACAAGCCUUAUCGCCGAGAUUAUCAGGGAAAGUGGAGGCGGCAAGUUUGAGAGCCGCACGGCUAUUCCGGGUCACGUGCAGCAGGGUAGAGUCCCUUCCGCUAUGGACCGUUGUCUUGCUGCACGGUUUGCAAUUAAGGCAUGUCAGUACAUUGAGGAAACGAACUUUGCCGCGCAGAGUGCGAUAACCCGGCUGUGGAACGAAGGCUUUGGGUCGAACCUCACGUUCAAGGGCCACUCUGAGGCCGACCUCAAGUUUGUGUACAAGCAUGGCAAGAAGCACCUGAUUCUGAACGACAACGCAAAGGUGGUGGGGAUCCACGGCACAAGCGUGAUUUUCGAGGAGGUGGACGAGCUCUGGGAAAAGAACACCGAUGUGGUGCUCAGAAAGGGCAAGGAUAUGCACUGGACGGACAUGGUUACAGUAAACAACAUUCUGAGUGGCAGGAGCGUGCUGCGGAAGACGCAGCACAAUAUUGUCUGAUAGUGGAUUAAAUAGUGACAAUAGAGAAAAAGCC